CGGUGACCCCUCCUGGGCCACCUGGGCACCUUCUGGAACCUUCUGGGCCACCGGUGACCCCUCCCUCCCCUCCUUUCCCCCGCCCAGGCGUCGGCCAUGUCGUCGGCGCUGGUCCUGGCCGUCUACAUCCUGACCUUCACCGUCGGCUUCCCGGCCAACAUCUUCACCUUGGCCGUGCUGGCGGCCAAAUCGCGGCGCCGCCCGUCGGCGCUGACCACGGCCGAGCUCUUCCUGCUCAACCUGACGGCCGCCGACCUCCUCCUCCUCCUCUUCCUCCCGUUCAAGAUGGCCGAGGCGGCGGCCGGCAUGGCGUGGCCUCUGCCGGCGGCGCUGUGCCCGGUGGCCAAUUUCUGCUUCUACUCCAGCAUGUACCUGAGCAGCCUCUUCCUGGCGGCGCUCAGCGUCCGGCGCUACCUGGGCGUGGCCUUCCCGCUGCGCCUGCAGGGCCGGCGCCGGCCCGGCCGCGUCCUGGCGCUCAGCGCGGCCAUCUGGCUGCUGGCCUGCGGCCACUGCUCCAUCGUCUUCGUGGCCGAGUUCACCAGGGACCCGCAGGGGGGCGGGGCAAACGGGAGCCAGGGGGGCGGGGGCGGGAGAUUUGGGGGUCUUGAUGGCGGUGACACCGUGGCCGACGCCGUUGACCCCGAGACUUUCAAUCCUGUUGACCCCAAGACCAACUCCGUUGACCCCGUUGACCCCAAGACCUUCAACCCUGUUGACCCCAUGGCCAACCCCAUUGACCCCAUUGACCCCAAGACCAAUCCCGUUGACCCCAUUGAACUCAAGACCUUCAACCCCAUUGACCCCAUGGCCAACGCCAUUGACCCCAAGACCUUCAACCCCAUUGACCCCAAGGCCAACCCCCUUUACCUCAUUGACCCCAAGACCUUCAACGCCAUUGACCCCAUGGCCAACGCCAUUGACCUCAAGACCUUCAACCCUGUCAACCCCAUUGACCCCAAGACCAACCCCAUUGACCUCAUUGACCCCAAGACCUUCAACCCCGUUGACCCCAUGGCCAACCCCAUUGAACCCAAGCGCUUCAACCCUGUUGACCCCAAGACCUUCAAAACCAUUGACCCCAUGGCCAACCCUGUUGACCCCAUUGACCUCAAGACCUUUAACCUCGUUGACCCCAUGGCCAACCCUCUUGACCCCAAGACCUCCAACCCCAUUGACCCCAAGACUCCCAACCCCAAAUCCCCCAAGACCCCCAACCCCAUUGACCCCAAGGCGGGACGGGAACUCAACCGUGAGGCGGAGACCAAUGAGAAGCGCGUGAAGGCGGGA